AUGCAGCCUUCACGGGUUCAAGACUCGCAGCCACACUCGCUGUCUGACGGCGUCGUCCGCACAGCGUCCUUCACCAACCGGCCUCCCAGCCCGCCAUACAUCCACAUCCCCACUCCGCUGGCCGAGAACAACAACAGGCCUCUCACUCUGACCCCAUCCUACGCCUCUGUUGACCCACGUGAUCUCACCUCUGACGAUCUGAAGAUCAUCACCGGCGGGAAAGUCCAACAGGCUUCAGACAAUUACAAAAACACGUGGAAGUACGAAGACCGGCGCAAGGCUCAACCCAUCCUGGACUUCCUCUACCUCGGCCCCCUCGCUGUGGUCCGAGACCAUGAAUUCCUCAGGCAGCAAGGCAUCACCAUGCUGCUUGCCGUGCGAGACGCGUCCAUGUCGCACCUACGCCUCAUCGCCAUGGAGAAAGCCGCUGCAGAGCUCAACCUGGAAAUCGAGAACGUCAGCAUGGCCAGCAAGACCCAGCUCAUCCACGACUUCCCACCCACCAUUGCCAAGAUCAACGACCACCUCCUUCGCGUGUACAGGAGCCAGUUGCAGGCUGUUAAUGACGCCGGUAAUGUGGCCAUCGACACGUCCACCUUCAGGCGGGGCAAGGUGCUCGUCUUCUGCGAGACCGGCAACGAGCGGUCCGCAGUGGUGGUGGCGGCCUACCUGAUGGCUAUCUACGGGACUGAUAUGGUCAGCACUGUGCAGUUCAUCUCUGCCCAGCGCUUCUGCGCCACCUUUGACGAGGACAUGAAGCACCUUCUGCGGACGUUCGGGGACAUCCUCAAGGCGCGGAGGAUGGUCUCCGCGGAGUCUCAGCUACCAGCGCCCAAAAAGAGAAGCAUCUAUGACACCAUCGAUGAGGACGAAUUUGUUGAAGAUGUCGUGAUGGACUGUGACCGCUACGAAAACAGGUCUGAGUUCAUGCCGUACCGACAGAACUAG